AUGGUUCUAAACAAUGACCCUCGGCGUCGACCAGUGACACCAAGUCUCAAGCUCUCCCGAGAUCACCUUCACAUCGAUCGCUCAUCGGAAACUGCGGGCCCAACGUCACCGCCAGAAACCCCCACCGGGUCGCCACAAAUGGUCCGUAAGCCACAACACCCGGCGUCCUUCUACCGCUACUCUCGUCCAUUGGCACAGGACCCAAAUAUCAAGCCAGUGGGCAAUGGGCAUCAAUUCAGUUAUCAAAGAGUACUUGGACCAGAGCAAUUGAGUCCCAGGUCCUCGUCGUCAGAUGAGUCAGAUGAAGAGGGCGAGACAGAGGACGAGUCUGAUGACGAUUCGCUUGUGUCCGAUGUUGCGCAGCCGCAGAGCGUAGCCAAUUCAUCUACUGCAGAUGCAUCUGAUGAUAUGACUUCUGAAUCGGAUGACGAUGAUGAUGUCGACGAUGGGGACGACGAAGAUGACGGCAUGGGGGAAAACGAAGAUGAUGACGACGACGGAGACGGAGAAGAACAGUUGGACUUGGGAAUUGGCGCACGACCUCACAUUCAAUUAUCAUCUGAGCCCAGAUCAGCUACCGUAUCAGUUGCCGACUCCGAGGCAGAAGACGCACCAGACCCACAACCUCAAGUGGUUCUCAUCUCUACAACUGCUACUCUCAUUGGUGAUUUUGUAAUUGAAGACAUCGACCCUAUGGAUAGUGGCUGUGAAGGGCUCGAGGUUCUGUUUCCCACGGAAAUCGAGUCUAACCGAAGCCGAUCCAGAUCUCGCCACAAAGAAUUUCAUAAGGGCAUGGUGCGAGAUUUCAAAAACCUCAAUUGUAGCAAUGAGACUUCGGAUAACGAAGGAGGACCGGAAGCAGAUGCCAUGGUUGAUAAUGAGUUGCUCUUUCACAAGAGGCAAAAGGAGAUACGGCGAAUCAGAAGGGUUAGCAUGUCGAGCAGCUUCGGAAAGCGAACGCAUAGCGAGCUCAGCGAAUCGGACGACUCAGACACUGGAGGUCUGGAUGUCAAUGACGUCGGGUCGAGUGCUCGAAGAAUGCGUAAACGACUUCAUCGAGGCAGCCUGCUUUUCCAAGAUCCGCCUGCUCCACGAAUCGACGAGCUCGACGAACCGGACUCCAGCGAAGACGAAUAUGACGCUGCGGAUCCGUUUGCUCGGGAGCUGCCGUAUUGGACAAUGGAGAUUAUGGAAAUGGACUCGUCGUCGUCAUGA